UGAACUUUUUAUCAAAAAUAUAAUUUAUUGAAGUUGAACAGUUAGAAAAUUUUAUCAGAAACUCAUAUUUCUUAAACAUACUAGAAUGCCAUGAACACAAUUCUGAUACAAAGUCACUGCCUCACAGUAACGGUAUGAUAAUUCCAGCUGUAAAGUAGCAGGAAAAGACACAGAAAUUGGACGUAAAAUCACUUUUCCAGGCGUUAAACACAUAUAAUUAUGAUCAGGAAAAAUUAGAAAAGUAUGGGGUUACUUAACUUCCCAUUUUUUAUGGCAGUACUUUUCUUUAGGGAUGUAAAAUUUGACUUUCAAGUCAAAAUGUUUAUGUUCCAUUCUAUGCUUGUAAAAUAAAAUUACAGCUUUUAAAGUGAACUUUGUUCUUUAGUUAUAAUCUGUACAUUAAAUAGUUGAAAUGUUCUUCUAUGCCCAGAAAAUGCAUAUCUUUGCAUAAAGUUUGUUGCUUCUUCUAUGAUAUUUAAUGUCAAUCUUGUAUAAAGUUUGACUUUUGUCUUUUCUUCUAAUUGACAUAAUAAAUUGUCUCUUCAUAAUUACUUUAAACUGAUAUCUGGUGAGUACUAACACUUUUCAUGUAAUGCUAACAAUAAUUAAAGUGAAAAAUGCAAAGGGCAAUAACUCCAAAAGUAUGCAAAGAGUUAUGGUUCUUAAACACAGCACGUUACUAGAAAAGAUCUAUAUCUGUGAAGUUUUUAAUCAAUAUCUCCAUAUUUUUCAAGCUUAAUGAUCAAGACAAAAAUUAAGCAUAGAGAAGUAAAAAAUGGCAAUAAACCCCAAAUCAUGCAAUAAAAAGUUAGGGUUCCUUGGCAUUGUAACUUCUCAUAAAUGAGAUUUAGUUAUAUGUGGAGUUUAAAAUUAUUGUCUCUAACAUCUUUUGUGCUAUGCUUUCAGAGGCUUUAAAUCUAUUGUAAAAAUUAAUGUGUGAAAAGUAAAUAAGUCAUAAUGUCUGAUAAAUUUCUUACAAUCAGGAUAAGUAACUACUUAAGCUAGUAAAUACUGCAUCCUCUUAGAUUUAACAACACAGCAUACAUCUCAGAUCUGAUAAAACUACUGCCCUCUUAUCUAGUAAUCUAUGAAUGGGGGUUAAUAGUUUACUCAUGCUGACCAGAAUGUUUCAUUUGAUUAUUUUGGGAGAGGCAACAUUAUACAUGUUUUUAUGUAGAAUUUGUCUUAAAAUAGCAUGCUAAAUUAUCUUUCAAAAGCUUAUUUCUACUCAAUCUAUUGAGGUAUUAGAUAUAGUUAUACAUUCAAAUGAAUGUAAAAAAUAAAAUGAUGGGUGUUAUGGUUUUUGGAAAAUCCCUCACAAUUUAAAAUUAUAAUGGACUGUCCAUGCAGUUACACCGUUGUAAAGUUUGAAUUCAAAGGAAUUGAGGUCAGCUAAAGCUUGCAAACACAAAGGAAAUUAUUGAUAUUGUAGCAAUUCUGGAGAUAUUUUGUUUAAAAUGUAAGGGUGCAUAUUUUUGAUUUCUCAAAGAAAACAUUUAAAGUCUUAUUAGUAUGGUAAAUAAAAAUGAGAAGUUUUAACUGAAGUGUGAAUGUGUAGACAAGAAGAUAAACAGCAGAAUCAUUCCCAGUCAAAGUUUCAGACACAAAGCAAUGAGGAGCAGCCUGGUGCAACACAUUUGAUCUUCAGUGGCUUUACAAAGGACCAAGUGAUGGCAGAACUGAAGCCAUAUGCCUCAAAAGAGAAAGGUCCAGCAAAGCUCUUCAGAAUGCUAUUCAAUAUAGAAGAGAUUAAAGGCCGCUCAUUGUAUGGUAUGAGGAAAGGGAACAGAGAGUCUGUCGCCAGACCUUCUUGUGCAGACAAGGCAAAACUUAAGUUCUUGGAAGAUUGUGCGCUCGAAAAGUUGCCGACAACCUAAAGGGCUGAACUCAAACCGUCCAGGAAUAGCAAGAUAAACUGAAGAAAAUAAAUGGACUAAUGUUUUGCUAUUUUUUGAGACAAUAUAUA